CAAGGUUGGCAGUAAGGGUUGUUGGUUUCUGAUAAGACGCAGGUGAUUGGCCGAAUCGGUGCGGUAAGCAGUGAAGCUUCACGUGUGGGUGGCACGUCAUACAGUCGUGCCGUAACCUUAAAAUAAUUUGUUACAAGUGAUUGUAGUCAGUUCUGUGACUAGGAUUUGUUAUAGUCUGUGCAGCAAAUUACAGAACACAAGACAGUGUUGUGCUAUGUGCUGUUUUGACUUUUAAAAUGUGACUAUUUUUAUCUCUUUUAUUGUUGGCUGUAGAGACAGUACAAGAUUUGUGAGUGAUGCAGAAUAUCUGCUUUAGAGACUGGGCGUUUCUUUCGAGUUCGUCAGGCGUAGGGAUAUGGCUGGUGUCUGGCGCAGUAAUGCCCCAAAUGAAGACUGGGGAACAAGUGGGCGGCUUUGAACUUGGAGCCAUGCCGAGUGUGUUAUUGAUUUUCGGGCCCCGUGGAUUUUGAUUUACAGCUGUAACAAUCAGUGUAUUAUAUAACAUUUAAAAAUUUGUGGUGUAAGAUACUGCUUAACACAGUUUGUCUGGAUGACUAAUCACGAAAUUAAUUGAACGAAAUAAGUGAUUUUUGUGUAUGAGAUGGUGAUUUUGCUUAGACGUCGUUAGCCGAGGCGAGUGACUAACACUGGUGGUGUGUUGUGGCAAUGAAGGAUCAACUUUGACCGAAAUACAUCGUGUUUUGGAACGUUGGUGGCGUCUGCAACAUUCAGUCGACACGACGUUCAAGAGUACUUCAGAAAGCCAUUGGAAAGUUUAAGAUGACAACCGAAUCAAACAGAGCGUCCUUGUGAACCACCCGGUGUAAUUGCUGUGAUCGGAAGUCGAUUGAGACGUCGCCCGACGUCUUCGCCUCCGCCCACUCGUCUCGUCUUCGGAGGUGGCGUCGCUAUGGAUCGCCGACGGCGGUAAUAGCCGCAACGACACCGUGAAUCGGAGAGUCCCCCACGCGUUUUCGGACUAUAUAAGCAAUUGUUUUGUGUUUGAGGGGGGCCAAGGGGUCAUGGACGUGAAGCACGAAUUAAUUUACCGCGUGGGGGGCGGAGGUGAUGGUGGUGAUGUUGGUAUUGUCGAUAGCAUCAUGAAGGCGGGACUAAGCGGUCUGGGGGCCAGUGCAAGUGGCAGUGAGUUUCUCUUGAGCAGCGUAAAAACUGAGCCCCGGGUGCACAGUCCAUGUGACCCCAGUGUAGGGACUACGGCGUCGGGGAUCGAACUGGGUCACCACCUCGCAUCUAGCGCGACGGCCACGUCGGGUGUGGCGCCAAGUAGCAGCGGGGGCGCAGCGACGUCGAAUGGAGGCUUGUUUAGUGGUAUCAGUGCAAGCAACAAACGACCUCGAGCCGAUGACUGGUUACCUUCGCCAUCUUCUGCUUCCGCGGGACAUUUACCUCCUCUCACACCCUCUCCGGGACCUCCAGGACAUCCAUACACGGUUAUCUCUAACGGGUAUUCGUCUCCACUGUCCUCUGGCAGCUACGAGCCGUACAGUCCGAACGGAAAAAUUGGUCGAGAAGAUUUAUCGCCACAGAGCAGUCUGAAUGGACACAGUUUUGAUAGCUGUGAUGCUAAGAAGAAGAAGGGACCAGCACCGCGCCAGCAGGAGGAGUUGUGUCUCGUCUGUGGGGACAGAGCGUCUGGCUACCAUUAUAAUGCACUUACCUGUGAAGGGUGUAAAGGUUUUUUCCGGAGAAGCAUAACGAAGAACGCGGUGUACCAGUGCAAGUAUGGGAACAACUGUGAAAUUGACAUGUACAUGCGGCGGAAAUGCCAGGAGUGCAGGCUCAAGAAGUGUCUCAGCGUGGGCAUGAGGCCAGAAUGUGUUGUACCUGAAUACCAGUGUGCGGUAAAAAGAAAGGAGAAGAAAGCACAAAAAGACAAAGAUAAACCAAACUCGACGACGAACGGGUCACCCGAGGUUGUGGUGAUGAAGGAGCCUGAUCCCAAGGCAGAGCCAGAGAAGUUGCCGUCGGUGAAUGGCGUGAAGCCGGUGAGUCCGGAGCAGGAAGAACUGAUACACAGGCUUGUUUACUUUCAAAAUGAGUACGAGCAACCAUCAGAAGAGGACCUCAAAAGGAUCACAAACCAGCCGACUGACGGAGAAGACCAGAGCGAUCUGAGGUUUCGUCACAUUACGGAAAUCACCAUCCUCACAGUCCAGCUGAUAGUGGAGUUCGCUAAGCGACUGCCGGGCUUCGAUAAACUGCUCCGGGAGGAUCAGAUAGCUUUACUCAAGGCUUGCUCCAGCGAGGUGAUGAUGUUCCGAAUGGCGCGGAGGUACGACGUCCAGUCAGACUCCAUUCUUUUUGCCAACAAUCAGCCAUAUACUCGAGACAGCUACAGCCUCGCAGGAAUGGGGGAGACUAUCGAGGACAUGCUGCGGUUCUGCCGGCAGAUGUACGCGAUGAAGGUGGAUAAUGCAGAGUACGCUCUUCUCACUGCCAUUGUAAUUUUCUCAGAGAGACCGUCGCUAAUUGAAGGCUGGAAGGUAGAGAAGAUCCAGGAGAUCUAUCUGGAGGCCCUGAAAGCUUACGUGGACAACCGGCGGCGUCCUCGGUCAGGCACGAUCUUCGCCAAGCUGUUAUCGGUGCUGACGGAGCUGCGUACCCUCGGCAACCAGAAUUCAGAAAUGUGUUUUUCACUCAAACUGAAGAAUAAAAAAUUACCACCAUUCCUUGCCGAGAUCUGGGACGUCAUCCCUUAGUGUCGCUGCCGCAGCAGACGUGAGCGUUGUUAUAGUUAGUACAGCGAUCGUAAAGCGCCAUUACUUUUGGGCUUUGGUGUAAGGGAGGUACAAAUCAGUAAGGGAAUAUACGCUGCUUUUGAACCAAAUUGACUCCCAUGCCGAUCUGUAAUCGCCUGGAAAUUAUUCGUCUAUGAAGGGCACUGAAGUACUAAUAAACCUCAUGGAAAUUAAAUUGAAUGGCGUCUGAAUAACGAAGCCUCAAUGCACUUUUUAUAAAGUGAUCUACAGUUUCUGAAUUUGCGCUGUACACAAUUUUAGAUUGUACAGAUGAGUCUGAGUCAUAAUAUUCCAAUCCAGGGGUGAGUAAUCUGCACUCCAUGGGCUUAUGUGACCCAUCACAUGAUUCAGGAAUUGGCCGUUGCUGCAAACAAAAAUUUUUGCUGCUGAGCUCACGAUAUACAUCGCCCUUAUCUCAGCGUAAGGCCGAACAGUUCCAAAAGAAAAUAUAUUUAUGAAACAAAGAAUUGUGAAGAUGUAGACCUGUAAUAUUAAAUCGCAUUAUUGCACAAAGGUACAUUGUUCUGUCGUUCAAACGUGCGACAUUUGACGAGACAAUACAAAAAUUUCUGUGAUACAAAUAACUGAAGUUUUAUAAAAUUCACAAUGACUUGUGUGAAAACCUUGAGAAAGGUAACCGAGAACUUGCUUAAAAUAAAUAGAUUUUAAAUUUAAUACCCGGUAUCCUCUUCAUGGUAAAAAAAUCCAGUUUCACUCGCUGUCCUCAUCAUAGUUUUUGAAGAUGCGGUUGGCUAGCGUGGCCCACAGUAUUCAAAGGGUGCCAGCCCCUGUUCUAAGCCACAGAAUCUCAGUUUACUUCAUUUGCGGUUUUGAUUAUCUACCGUUUGACUUCGUUGGUGCCGAGGAGGACGUAAAUUUGGUUCCUGAUAAUUGCAUAUUUUCUUUUUUGUGGCGUGCACGUAAGACUGGUUUAUUAAAACUGAAUUUGUUCACUGCAAAAUUUUUGUUCAAGAAAGCAGCCGAGACAAAUUUUUGCUUGGCCAUCAGAUAAAGCGUCCACUCGCGCAGAGAUUCAUCCGCUGCAGUGACAAAGGAUGACUUAUGCGUGCCAUCAUUAUUGUGAACUUCCAAAGCUCAGAAAUCAUUUACAAAGGAAAACAUAUCCAUAAUCUUGUCUCGUCGAUGGUUCAAAGUCGAAACAAUUUUGUUUCGUAUUUAUUCACUGUUCAGUGAAUCGCAUACGCGUUCCUUUGCGUAAGAGACUGCGAACUAGACUUCUGUGGCCUUCAUGGAGAUAAAUAUUCUGUCAGAAACAAACUGUGUGUGAUUGAAGGAAUUCCAGAAGUUGAACAGAUUAGUGAAUCGAUAUGCCAACUUUUCAUCAUCAAGUUGUGUAUUUCUUAUCGGGAAUCAUAACAGGAUGCUUUAACUUAGAAUUACGUAUUUCGCCCAAAAAGGUUAUGCACGAAACUUUUCUUCUUUUUCAAAAAUCUCGUGACACUUGUAUUUUAAUAUUACCUUAAACACAUUCCCUGCCAGUAUUUAACCCUUGAUGCUCAAGCAGAUAAGAUAUUAUCCAACUUAAGGCAAGAGGAUAAAUUUCAAGCUGUGGAGCCUUUUGAUAAAUGUGAAUGAGGGGACAUUUUUUGACCCUGUGGUGUUCCUUCAGAAGCCCUCACUUUUGGAACAGACGGACUGGUCCCAUUUUAGGUUGCUGAGAGCUGAUGAGGUAGAGUCGGCAUUCUGGAUCAUAUGGACUUGAAAGUCAGCGGUUUGGCCGUCAGUGCCACGACGGUAGUUUUUCGCGUCUGUGCCACCGAGUGCCAAGAGCAUAUGCAUGUGGUAGAUACAGUUUAAUGUGAAACUUAUCUUCCUAAUGGCAUAAUUUAUGUCAGUGUGAAGGUUUUGUUACUUCUUUGUUCAAAUAUGAAAUGGCAAGCAGAAGUUACUUCACACUUUAAACUCUCUUCAGUUUCAGAAAUUCAUUAUUUUGAAUUUGCUUCUGACUCCGAACAAGGAGAAUGAUCGAUUCACUUCUGCUGUGUGUCCGUUCAUCGUGCUUCAUCGUAGAUGCAGGUUGAUUUCACAACUUGUUCAUGAAACUUUACUGGCGAUGCGUGCAUUCCUUUGAAAACACGAGUUUACUUUCUGGCAGAAUGGUGGCAAUAUUCUGUUGACAAAUGAUUAGGGACGACGUUUUUGACGCACUUGAAGAGUUAUAUUCGGUUAGGAGAUUUUCUUUUGUUUGAUUUGUACAUAUUUUCUAAAUGACGUAAGUUUCGACUACAAUGAACUUAAUUUUUUAUAUUUGAAACUAAGAUGUACCCACGGACUAAAAUUUGAAGCACUGAAAACCUUUUGUGUUAACUGUAAUUGUGCAUUGCUAUAUAUAUAUAUAUAUAUACAUACACACAACACGCAAAAAGGGUACUUGGAUAAAGAAUUCCUUAGUUUCAGUAUAAAUUAAGAUGAAUUUGAUAUUUAAAAUUAGACACAAGAAGAGUUUCCUCCUCAAAUGGCGGAAUGUAACUUCGAGUUCCUAGCGUUGGAAAUGAUGCAGCCUGAAAUUCCAAUCAGGCAUCUGUUAAAACGUGUACAGAAGGUAACAGAUACCUGAGUGGAUAGUAGAAGCAACUGCUUGAAGCGCGGCCUUCGGAGUGGAUUCCAAAGGAGAUCACGCAUUGAAUGCGCUCGUUGGACUGACGCUUACGUGUUUAUAUAGUUUCUUAAUUCAUUUAGGCCUAUCAGUGUUUUUGCACGACAUUGGUUUGGCAUCUCUUCGCUGUUCCUACUAUAAUAAUGUGAAAACUGAAAAUACUUAACGGUUGUGAUAUUGAUCGAUUUCUGUUCGUUCUUUUUCGGAGGUGAGAGACAAUGGAAGAUAUGUGUAACAAUUGUAGUAUCUUCCUAAAACACCACCAAAAUGCAGGCUGUGAAAAAAAAACUGUUUUCUGUUUCGUAAAAGUCGAGUUACUGAGAAUGGGGAAGGAUAGAGCAUGAGAGAAAUAUGGAUGGAAGUUUGUUUUUAAAUUUGAAACAGAGUCUAUGUUAUUAUGUAUCAAAUAAGAUGUGGUUGUCAGUAGUUUGUGUAAAUGCAGAAAGCGAAGAAGUGUUGCAUAAUACUUGUUAAAAGGAAACAAAUUUGUUCAUUUAUUGUUUUAUGCAGAGAAUUAUUUAUACACGAGGAUAAGUGGGUGUGAAAAGAGAAGUUGGAGGAGUUUUGGGACACAAAUCCGGUGCCUUUUUCAAGUCAGAGUAAGAGGUUAGAGCAUAAGGUGCAGUGGAGUGAAAUUGCGCCGUGGUGUUUUGAAAGGUGCUGAUUUUUGUGCGCUGGGGAGCUAUGGACUUGGACCCUGCACAUAGUUUCCUCUGUAAUGAAAACAACGUGAAGUGAUAGUAAGAAGAAAAUAACCGUCCGUUUUUAAAUAUGAUGUAAAGUAAAUCAAUAGUUUAUUCAGGUGACAUAAUAUAUAUGAUAAUAUGAGUAGAAAUAAAAUCCUUAAAAUAUUAAGUGAAAAAGUGCUAUUGUUUAUAUUCAGUAUAAAUUGCAAGGGUCAUCAGUUACGUUUCCACAAGGUUUGUUUGUUUGUUUGUUUGUUUCUGUCCUGGGACUGCAGUUCGACUUGCAACGUACGAACUGCCUCAUGGGAUCGACGAUCUGGCGCCGUGUCUUAGAAGAGAGGCGUUCUCUGCGAACAGACGUUUCUCGCGCGAACUUGAAUCGGACAUUUUUGAGUCCAAAAUGCACGUGUGCCGGAAUUAAACUUUACUUCUGAGAGAGUGGAAACUAAUCAAAGUCUGGGAACUGGAAGGAACUUUGUGCUGGAGAUGUCACAUGAUAAUGAAUCAAGAUCUUCUGCGUAAUAAGAUUUGUGGUUUAAAAUGAUCAUCCUCAUGUCCUUCCUGCUUUGGAAGUGGUCAUUGCAAGAGUGAUAAAUCUUUAACGAGAUUUGUUUUUAGACGUACAUAUUACUACAGUUUUUUACACACUACUCCCAUAUUACUGCUGUCCUGCCUGAUGCGGAGAAAUAAUUCCAUUUCUUUGAAUGUUUAUCGCACUGUACUAAACGACCUGUUAACCAAGGCCAUUAAAAGCUGUCAUGGUUUCGA